AUUAAAUAUUUCAACUUGUUAACAACUGAGCAACUGAAAAAUAUUAUUAUUAAAAAAGGUGAAAAAACAAUUAAUAUUCACUUUGAGAGAGAGGAGACAAAAGCAACGGGAAGAUGUCUGAAGAGGAAUCAGGAAAUGAGACUGAUGCUGAUGAGGACGACUCGACAGAAACUGAAACUGAUGCUAGAAACACUAAUAGCGAUGAAGACAUCACGAAAAUAGUUAAAGAUUGCAUGACGUAUAUAGAGAGUUAUAUUGCCGACGCCCUACUCGAGGACACAGUAGGCAGGAUCAACGCUGAAAAGGAUGUGGAAGCAAAUAUGAGUGGCAGCACAGAAGGCCAGCAUAGUCAUCGCGCAAGUAGCGUUUCUCUACCCGAUGGCGAUAAGAAGUUUGAGACGGUCAAGUAUGUCGUAGAAAAUGUAAUACGGGUGGUGCUAGCAGACAUAGUGGGCAGUGUAGUAGAGAAGAAAAGUGUAAGAACCGUUCACGAGCUGGCCAGACAUAUAACUGAGAUUAUUCUCGACGAUGUCGUUGAAGUUGCAGUUAAGAGCGUGAAGAGCGGUCAAAUCGACCAUAAAGUUGACUAUAUUAUAGAAUUCGUGACGGCAUUCAUAACGGAUAAUGAGAUUUUGCACAAGGUCUUGAGUUUAUCGGGACUGCGAAUGAUGCGUCAAGUGAAUUCAUUGCUGGGCGAUGAGACGGAAAGAUACAGCGAUUAUUUGGAGUCUGAGCUUUUGCAAUCAACCUCUAACUGUGAAAGUGAAAUGUUAUGGCUAGAUGAUCGAGAUAACUCGAAGCCAUUUGCCGAACAGUUAAUGGAAUGCGUGGCCGAUCGCGUGAUCACUGAUCUUGUUGAGAGUCUUAAAGAUGAAACUAGUGAGCACUUAACUGAUUACGUCGCCGAAUACAUAACGGAAGAUAUUCUCGAAGAGCUGCCCGAAGAGUAUACUAGAAGUAUGGCCGAGUUGUCCGACAUAUAUGAAAGUAUGAGUGAUUUUGGAGACUUCAAAACUUACGAGAGCUUUUCGGAUGAAAACUGUUCAACGCCAAGGGAAUGCUCCUCAAAUAUCUGGAAGACUUUCACAGAUGCCGAAUAUGUAGGCAGCAUGUCGUCAAAUACCAGGAUCCAUGAACGAUCGUUUUUCUCGUACGUCACCGUUCAAAAAAAGCCCAACUACAUUUUGAAUGUGCCAAGAAAACCGUCGAUUGAGGAGCUGCUAAAUAAUAGGCUGAAGGGCAAUUUGGGCGCCAAUAUGCGCAUUAACAUUGGAAAUCGCUACUUCGACUGCAUAUCCACUUUGUUGAAGGUGAACUCACCCUGGUUCGCCAACAGGGAUUGGCACGAGGAGCACUUUGAGUUCAAGGAGACGGACGUUCCUCCAUCGGCCUUUGAGAUCAUCUAUGACUGGCUGCGCUUUCACACGCCCAUCAAGCUGGCCGACGCCGUUAAAGUGCUGCAGGGCGCUAGACACCUGCAGUUUGAUCUCUUGCAGGCCGAUUGCUGGGAGCUACUCUCCCAGGGGCACGUACGCGAGAAAACCGCAUUUCAUUUAUUUUUGGAGGCUGAGCAAAUGCCGUUGCUGCAAGAUGUCCGUGAGGUGUUGCUGAGUCGCGUGCGUGGCUACUUCUUGGCCCUCGUGGGCAGUGAUGAAUUCGUCGACCUGAAGCUUAGCAACAUUUUGAGUCUUCUCGAACGCGAUUCAAUCGGCGUUAACUGCGAGGUCGAAGUGUUCUUUGCGGCCCUCCUAUGGCUAAGCAGGUCGAAGAGCCGUCUCGAGCACAUGGAGCCGGUUAUGAAGUGCGUGCGGUUCGCUUACAUGCCAAUGGCCAUGUUAUUCAGCAUACGCAGUAUGGGCACCGCGAAGGAGACAAAGCCCAUUGGCACCACAGAGCGUGUCAUGCAGGAGUUCCAAAGGAAUCCAAAUUUGAAACAAAUGCUAUUCGAUGCAAUGACCUACAUAAGUCUACAUUUUCAGAACGAACUGGAUGGCGAGUCGAUGGAUCCUCGCACUGAAAUCAACCAGCAAUGGGUUUAUCCGCGACGCUGGAUUUAUCAUCCGAAGUGCCCCUAUCACAAGAUUCGCCUCAUAUAUCCCUAUCAGCAUGUAUUCACUCAAGCGGACUUUUUCACUUAUGUAAAGUCGAUACAGGGUGAUUGGAGCGGCGAUCAACCACCGCCCAAUGCAACGAUGGAUGUGGAAUUUGAUGGUGUUGUGUCGUUUAACUCCAAAGAUUAAAUCAAGUUGAAUUAUAUUAUAAAAGAAUGUAUAUAAAGGAAUUAGCAACAAA